GUGGUUCUCUCUCUUCCUCUAUCACUGUUGGCUGUGCAACUAACAGUUGGUAAAAAUUGGUAGGGUUGAAAAAUACUCAUCCACACAGCCAUCAGAUAAUAAUCUAACUCAAUCCGUACUCCACGAUGCCUCCUAAGUUCGACCCCAAUGAGAUUAAGAUCGUCUAUCUGAGAUGUACUGGAGGUGAAGUUGGAGCCACGGCUUCUCUUGCCCCAAAGAUUGGUCCUCUUGGAUUGUCCCCCAAAAAAGUUGGUGAUGACAUUGCAAAUGGUACCAAGGACUGGAAGGGUCUGAGAAUCACCGUCCAACUGACCAUCCAAAACAGACAAGCCAAGGUAUCUGUUAUCCCUAGUGCAUCUUCACUGAUCAUCAAGGCUUUGAAAGAACCACCAAGGGACCGCAAGAAGGUUAAGAACAUCAAACACAAUGGAAACAUCACCAUGGAACAGGUAAUUGACAUUGCCAAGACCAUGCGUCCACGCUCCAUGGCAAGAAAGCUUUCUGGCACAGUAAAGGAGRUCCUCGGCACAUGUCAAUCAGUUGGUUGUACAAUUGAUAGACAGGCUCCUCAUGAUGUUAUUGAUAAGAUCAAUGAUGGGGAAAUAGAAAUUGAGGACACUGAAUAAAGACCAAGGUGUAAAAAUAAAUGAUCAUUUCCUUGUA